GUCUUCUGUUGCGUAAACCGACGUCCGCUGGACCUGCGGUUUGCCUCGACGCGGCUGCGAGACGAUACUGCGAUUGUUCGGAGAGCUGUAUCGAUCGACCCGGUAGCGCUGCAGUUCGCGUCGGACCGGCUACGGGACUCGGAGGUAGGUUUGGAUUUUCGCACCUACUUACUCGAGUGUACGCGUACCUAUCGAUGUUGCUCUGCCAGGUUUCAUCAUAGCCAUCGUCUCCAUGUAAACGAUAAAAUCAAGAUUUUUUUCAGUGACACCAGUGGCAGUGUCCUCGAUCGUGCUAGCGGUAGUUAGACUUUGAAAAACUCAAAAACGUCUAGGAUAUCCUACUCGCCUGCCGUUGCGAUCCCUACCGAUCCGGAGGGACCUGUUCAAACAUGCGGAAUACGGACGAGGACCGGAAAAUUGCGGGGGCGCCCUACUACCACCACUGGUUCCGAUUUGCAUCCGAGCGACUGCGCAACGACGUCUCCUUCGUCCAGCGCUUCGUCGAGACCUUGAUCGCAAGCCGGGGUGGCCAAGGAAAUUUGUUUCAUGAAAUGCUUCAGCAUGGGGGAGAGGACGUGCGGGACUGCGAAGCCAUCGUUGUGCAGCUGAUCCUCGGCAACCGCAGCCUACAUGUCGGGGGCGCGAAAAAGAGAAAAAAAAGCGAGCGCAGUGAGAGCCGAGUAACUCGGGGCAUGGGGUACUCCAACGACUACAUCAGCUCCCGCUAUUGUCUGAAAUUCGCGUCCGAGCGGGUCCGGUCCCUGGAGCACCUGUGGCUGCUUUGCCUGGGCCCGCCACCGCUACCACGGGGAAAGACCAUGGAGCAGCUGGCAGUUGAAUUCGAGGCGAACAAAAAGGUGAUCUCCUACUCUUCACACCCUCUGGUUCCCACGUGGAAGCUGCUGCCUGGGAUCGCGGCCGAGCUGCUGACUUGGGCGCCCGACAGUAUUCGUGACUCUGACGCUGUCAUGGCGUUGGCGCUCGACUCCGACUGCUACUGUGUUCGCUUUGCAUCGCCGCGGCUUCAACACGACGAAGCCUGGGUCCGCCACCACGUUCUAUCACACAACCGCAACCGCGGAAACUCCCACAGCCGUGUUGACCACGAACACCUAAGGAAUCCAUCCACAAAAGAACCGAUUGCAACGGUGGCCGAGCUUUUCAAAGGCAUAGGAAGAAAUGGGGUUGUUCCAGUGGUGGGCAAUGACUGUUCGUCAGCAUCUGGCUCGCGGAAAAGCAACGGGGGCUACGCCGCCAAGGACGCCAGUGGCUGGGAAACGCACGUGCGUCGUCAGGGCGUGCCUCCUUUCGCAUACCUGUCGCCUCGACUUCGCGACAAUGAGGAAAUUUUGGAAUUAGCCUGCGGCUUUUUUCCGGAAUCUUUUCUCUACGCAAGCGAGAGAUUGCGGGAAUCCUCCGUAAAGGCUGCUUGCACUGCGAUCUGGGCGAUUGGGCCGGUGUCCGACAGUUGGAAAAAAAUUGAGAAAAUUUUCGAUUUUCAUAUCAACCCUGUUUGGCGCAAAGACGGCGCAGGGAUGGAGCGGGAGGAGGUCCGAUGUGCCCCGUUCUUGGCGCAAUUGCACGAAAACCUGCGAGACAGCCCCACAGUUAAUACCGCAGCCUGCGUCAAAGACGCCAGGGCCCUGCGCUUCGCGUCAGACCGCAUUCGUAGUGGGGAAGGUGAGGACGCCGUGCAAGUUUUGCACACUGCGCUAAAGCAAAACGUGUGGGACGCGCUCGAAUGCGUGGGCGACACAGCGCUCAAGGAGAAUCGAGGCAAUGUUCUCGGCUGCGCCGGAUACUGGAACUUCGUCGCCGCGAUGGGGAAGAUGCGGCGAAUCUAUUCACCAAAGUCAAAGUCCUUCAACAAUAUUGCUCCGAUGGAGGAUCUUCAGGAUGACGAAGUAGAAGAGCAGAGUUCUUUGACACAACAACUCCUGCAGCACGUCGCACGAUACCGCGCCGACAAGAUGUCGAGUGAAGGAGAAGAUUUUUGCGCCAAGGAAGAGAAGGAAGAGGAACCGGGGGAGGUCGACAAGGACGGUGAGGCUGCUUCUGUACUAGACGAAGUUUCGAACUGCCUGAAUCCUGAUGACGUUGACGGCAUCCACUGUCUCUGCCCAGCGCACUUGCGGAGGAUAGGAGUCUGGGACGCAUAGACAAAGAAACAUAAGCUGUUGUUCAUCUACGUCUUAGUUUUUGGCUUUACCAUUACCAACGACCCUCCAGCGAGCACGAAUAGAUAAAUGCACGAUCAUCAUGUUGCUGUAUGAUAGAUGACAAUCAAGGUGAAGUUGAGGUAGAUGCGCCUUGAUGUCGUACGUAAGUAAGUAGCUUCUUCGACCGAAACUAAAAAGAGUCACAUUGGAUUGCGCAGGUUUCCCACGGCUGCGGUUCACUGUCUUGCUGCUACUUAC